UGGAUGUGUAUUUCCCACACUGUCCACUGCUGCUGUUUUGGCUGCUGUUUACGCACAAAACUGCAACCAAACAAGUUGGUAAAGUCAACUUUUACUGGCGCAACUUUUUUUUUUUUGCCGAAAUGGAUUCAUUCGAGUGCAUAUGAGAGUGUUGUAGAAGUUAUCCGACGGGGACAUUAUAAGCAGCAAUAAAUGUGAAAUGUAUUGGUAAGGACGGUUAAGGAGGCACCAUGGCAGACAGAAGGACUUUCAACGUUGUGGUUUUGGGUUUGGGAUUUUUGUUCAUUUUUACUGCUUUCACCACCUGUGGGAACAUUGAACAAACUGUGGUGAAAAACCUGGAAAAUGCUACUUUCACUGGGAGUGGGUACCACAGUCUUGGAAUCAUCUAUGGAGUCUUUUCAUUCGCCAAUCUAAUUGCAUCAACGGUUGUUACAGUCCUUGGACCAAAACUGACCAUGUUUUUGAGCGGCCUGCUUUACAGCGGUUACAUUGCAGUGUUCAUCAUCCCUACAACGUGGGCCUUUUACCUCACGUCGGUGCUCAUCGGCAUAGGAGCAGCCAUGCUCUGGACAGCUCAAGGACACUUCCUGGUGGAAAACUCAGAGGCUUCCACCAUCAACAGGAACACUGGCAUGUUCUGGGCGCUUCUACAGUGCAGCAUGUUGUUUGGCAAUCUUUACAUUUAUUUCGCCUGGAACGGACAAACAGAAAUAUCAGACGGCAGCAGGAGAACCCUCUUUCUGGCCCUGCUGGUAGCCUCCAUCCUUGGUACGCUCAGCUUCCUGGUGUUGAGGAAGAUUCCACACGAGGAGGAGCUGCUGUCUGAAGAGGAGGGGCAGUCGCUGCUCCCGACACGCACCAUGUACAAGCACAGAGCAAACACCGCCAUGCAGGAUGCCAAGUCAGAAUUCAAAACCAUCCUGCAACUGAUAAAAACGAAAACUAUACUGCUCCUGAGUCCCUGCAUGGCAUACAGCGGCCUCGAGCUAUCCUUCUACAGUGGGGUCUAUGGGACGUGCAUCGGUGCUACCGCGCAGUUCGGUGAAGCCGCUAAAGGCUUGAUCGGGAUCUCUGGGAUUGUGGUAGGCAUUGGAGAAAUAGUAGGUGGAGGCUUCUUUGGAUUCCUGUGUAAAAACAACCGCUUCAGACGAACGUCCGUGGUGUUUCUGGGAAUGGUCGUCCAUUUUGUCGCCUUCUAUUUGAUCUUCCUCAACAUCCCGGAUGAUGCUCCUGUCGUCUUUGAAACCAACACGCUAAUGAGCCCGUACCUGACUCCGAGCAUCUCCAUCGCCCUGCUGUGCAGCUUCUUACUCGGACUUGGGGACAGUUGCUUCAACACGCAGCUCUACAGCAUAUUAGGCCAUGUUUAUGCUGAACAAAGCACGCCGGCGUUCGCCAUCUUCAAAUUCAUCCAGUCCAUCUUUGCAGCAGUGGCGUUCUUCUACAGCGGCUACCUCCUGCUGAUGUGGCAGCUCCUCCUGAUGGUCAUCCUGGGCUUCGCUGGAACUCUCUGCUUCUUCGUGGUGGAGCGGAUGCAGAACCUCACUUUAGAUUUACAGGAAUAUUAGAAAGAAGACAUUUUCCAUUUCAGAGUUGAUUGUUUUUCUGGGACAGACACUUUUUUUGGGAGGAGGCGAGGCUGUCGGAAAACCACUUCUACAUCUUUUUAUUUCAUGAGGUUUUAUUUUUAAAUGUCUGUUAUUAUGCACUAAAGGUCAUAUACAUUUUGGAAAACAUUUGCGCACAGAAUACUUUAACGUGAUGCCACAACAAGCUGCCUUUAAGAAAACCUUUGUAUAGUAUUACGUUGUUGUCAAUCAGCCUGGAUUGUACUUCCGGUCUUAGUCAAUCUUUAACAUUUUUCUACUAGACUGCUACUAGAACGUUUAAAGUGAUAAGACUAGAAUAUACUAAUUGAUGCCUGACAAUCAUUACUCUUUUUUUGUUGUUGUAAAUUUUGCAUAUUAAUGUCGGUGUUUUUCCUUUAGUUUUGUGAAUCUUUGAUGAAUAAAGUUUUAUGCAUUUUGCACUUUGUGAUUUCAUUGACGAGCCAA